AUGGGAGGAGGGGCGAGCGGAGAAAGCGUUCCGGCCGCAGUCCAAUCAAACCCGGAGCUCAACAAAAUCUGUCAUCAAACAGAUUACCCUGAUAUCUGCCUCUCAGCAAUUGCUCCAUACAUGGACGAUCUCGGGAAAAGGCCUGAUGCAGCAUCCGUCCUGGAAUUCUCUGUUAAAGCCGUUUCAGAACAGACACAGUCCGCGAUUACUACAGCAGAGAAAGUCGCAAGUGGUUCAGGUGUCUCUGCCGAGGAGACUUCGGCGAUCAACGAUUGCAAGGAUAGUUACACCGACGCCUUGGAGAAUUUGAAGGGCGUUACCGACGCAAUCUCGUCGAGCGACGUUGCGACGAUGAACGGCAAGCUGAACUCCGUCAUUACUGAUUUCACCGAUUGCGACGAUUUCCUCAAGGGUUUCACCUUACCGUUACAGGCUCUGAAUGCAAGACUUACAAAGAUCGCUACUAAUUGCCUCGCACUUGUUACCUUGAUUUAG